CACUAUUAGGCAAAGAUGAACGGCACUGAGGGGAACAACUUCUACAUCCCCAUGUCCAACAGGACGGGGCUAGUGAGGAGUCCUUACGAGUAUCCGCAGUAUUAUCUAGCUGAGCCGUGGCAGUUUAAAAUCCUUGCUGUAUACAUGUUCUUCCUCAUCUGCUUUGGUCUACCCAUCAAUGGCCUUACAUUGGUGGUUACAGCUCAACACAAAAAGCUUAGACAACCUCUCAACUUCAUCUUGGUCAACCUGGCUGUGGCUGGUACCAUCAUGGUUUGUUUUGGAUUCACAGUCACUUUCUACACAGCAAUCCAAGGCUACUUUGCUCUGGGUCCAACUGCCUGCGCCAUUGAGGGCUUCAUGGCCACAGUUGGAGGACAAGUUUCCCUUUGGUCACUUGUGGUGCUGGCCAUUGAAAGAUACAUUGUGGUUUGUAAGCCAAUGGGUAGUUUUAAAUUUUCAAACAGCCAUGCAAUGGCAGGAAUUGGAUUUACAUGGAUAAUGGCCAUGUCAUGUGCAGCUCCCCCUCUGGUUGGCUGGUCCAGAUAUAUUCCUGAGGGAAUGCAGUGUUCAUGUGGACCAGACUAUUACACCCUGAAUCCUGAAUACAACAAUGAAUCAUAUGUUGCCUACAUGUUCACCUGCCAUUUUAUAUUUCCGGUCACCGUAAUCUUCUUCACCUAUGGGCGGCUUGUUUGCACCGUCAAGGCGGCUGCAGCUCAACAGCAGGACUCUGCAUCUACCCAGAAGGCUGAGAGGGAAGUGACAAAAAUGGUCAUCCUGAUGGUUUUGGGUUUCCUGGUGGCCUGGACCCCUUAUGCCAGUGUUGCUGCCUGGAUUUUCUUAAAUAGGGGAGCUGCUUUCAGUGCCCAGUUCAUGGCUGUUCCUGCCUUUUUCUCAAAGACCUCAGCCAUAUUUAACCCUAUCAUUUAUGUGCUGCUAAACAAACAGUUCCGGAGCUGCAUGCUGACCACUCUUUUCUGUGGAAAGAAUCCUCUUGGCGAUGAGGAGUCCUCAACUGUGUCCACCAGCAAGACAGAGGUGUCCUCUGUAUCUCCAGCAUAGACUUUUCAAUCUCUCACAGAUUUUGUUCUUUUAGUCAUUGAUAAAUUUGGGCAUCUGAAAAAAAGACCAAAAAAAGUUGAAUUAGUUGAUCUCGUACGGUUGUGUUCACUAUGACUAUUAACUUGGUGAACUCAAAUACAUUUGUUAAAUAAGUAAAAGGCUUAAUGGGGUUUAAUGAGUUAUCAGUGAUCAUUUUUUUAUGAACUGGGAGGCUAACAUUUAUAUCUUUGGCCUAAAAUGUGUAUAUAUUUUGUAAAUAAUAAUAAAAAAAAAAGGAUAGAAAUAAAAUACUGGCAUUAAAAAGUGUCUUCGUUUCCAUUAUUUAUGAACUGAUUUAAUUUUGAGUUUGUUUGCACAUACAUAUGAUACUGAAACUGAAUUUAGUAUUAGUGCACACUAAUCAAGACAGUCUAUGUAGUGCUAGAAUACAAUCAAAUCCACCCUACAUUCUGUCUGAAACAAAGGCCAGGCAU